UUGAUUCGCUGAUCCAAAUGUGAUGAUUUUUUGACCAGUGGAAUAAUUUCCAAAACUGUAUGUGUAAAAACUAAUGACAUGGACGAAGACCUUGCUAAUUUCACCGCUUCAGGUGAUUUUAAUCUCUUUUCAGAACUAACGAGCAUUGACGAUCUCAUCAAACACUGUGAAAGUAAUGAACUGGAAUGUGAUUUAUUCGGUGGAGAUGCCUCCCUUCCACUGCACGAUACUGUCCCCAUGGAUUUUGAUUUUGGGGAUUUGCAUAGCAGUACUAUGUUGAGCCCUCAAACCGUUUCACCUCCCUUAACUCAGACAUCUAUUUUCGAUUCUUCACAACCUACACCGUUCAGCAAUCACAUCAAGAAAGUUCCUGAAUACAGUCCCACUUCUCAACCUGCCCUUCAAAGUGUGCAAGUAAAGAAUGUGCCUCUUCCCGUUCAAAAUCCAACUGCGGUGAUUAUUUCAUCACCCAACUUGCAACCGACUACGCAACCCCUUGUGUACACGAAUAUUCCCAUUCAGGGACAACACAUUAUUCUACAGCAGGGAACCAAAGGACACAGCGGAAGGCAGAAGGGUAGACCUGUGAUUUUACAAAACAUUCAUCAAAUAUCAUCAGAGCAGAUGCAGCCGGUUCUUCUACAGGCGAAGAUUAUCAAGAGCGAUUCACAGGUCAACCCACCAACUGUCAUGUAUACGACAUCCCCUUCAAGUACUACUCCCCAACCCAUUCACACACUACUAAACACCACGGGAAUUCUGACGACGACUACAGGAAUUCCAGUGAUGAUAGAUGGGGACAGUAAAGUGGCUAUCAACCGAGUUCAACCUGUCGGUAAAGAACGUGUGGUGAAAGAAGUGAAGAAGAGCGCCCACAAUGCAAUCGAAAGGAAGUACAGGACAAGCAUCAAUGACAAAAUUAUAGAAUUGAAGAAUAUUGUUGUCGGAGAAGAGGCAAAACUGAAUAAAUCUGCCAUUCUGAGAAGGACCAUCGAGUAUAUACGUUUCCUUCAAAACUCCAAUGCUCGCCUCAAAAAGGAGAACAUGGCACUGAAAAUGGCGGACAGUCGCAACUCCCUCAAAGGUCUCCUCACAACGGGUGAUGCAAGUUACAGACCUGAAGACACACCGCCUCAUUCCGACCACUCGUUUUCUCCGCAGUACUCAUUACCUUCUAGUCCUGAAUAUUCUACCAAUAUUAAGGAUGAAAUCGAAGAAGAAGAGCCGGUUUUAAUUUCCAGAGGCAUGAUGGAUAGUUCCAGGCUGACGUUGUGUAUGGUCAUGCUCGUCAUGGUGACAUUCAAUCCGUUCGGCUUGAUGAUGAAUAGAUACGGUGGCGAAGACGAUAGUAAGGCUUUGCGAAGGAUAUUAUCAAUUACGCCUACAUCAAUUUCUCCGUCUUCUUUUUUGUUAUGGCUGGUAAAUUUUGCCAUUUUUGCCUUUUGUUUGGUGAAAAUGUUUGUUUAUGGAGAUCCAAUAAUACCUGAGAAAUCUAAGGAGUCCCAGAUAUAUUGGAGACACAGAAGCCAGGCGAAUUUAUUUUUAAAAAAGGGUGACAAAACAGGAGCCAAGCAGGAGCUGCUUCGAUGCCUUCAAACUUACGGUAUCACUUUGCCUACAAGUAGAUUUGAACUAUUCCUUUGUUUCUGUUGGCAAUUGUUUCGACAGAUUGUUCACAGGCUCUGGAUUGGAAGAUGGCUAUCCAGACAUGCCGGCGGAUUUUUUGUGAAUAGUUUGACCCGCUUCCAAGCACAAACGUCGUGCAAAGAACUGGCCCUCGUUUUCAAUGACUUACACAAAAUCCAGCUGGUGGCUGGUCCAGAAGAGACUUGCCAUCUGUUUGGACUCACGACGGCUCUGAGUGCCUUGAAUUUGGCAGAGGCUGCGAAAGGGCGAAUAAAGUCUGUCGAUAUGAUUGAUAUCUAUGUGGGUGUAGCUUUGAGAAUUAAAGCUAGUAUGCCGAAUUUCCUCCAUCCGAUACAGAGAUAUUAUUUGGGUUUGGCCCAGCUGUCGUCAACCAACUCUUGUGAUGCCAUUCCCAAAAGGUUACAGUGGCUUUUUACGCCGUAUGGAUACAAAUUUUUCAUUUCCCACAAGUUCACCAAAGAUGUGAAGAACAGAGCACUUCCGUUCAGUUCUAUUGGAAAUAGCAUUGAUCCGCUUGCUAUCCAAAUGAAGAUUUACCGCGAACACCUUUUGGAAAGAGCGAUGAAUAUUUUGCUGUCACCUGGUCAAAAGAAUGACAGUAACCCAGAUAAAAGAACAGACAUCUGCGAUGCUCUUUCAUACAUCGAGUUGCUUCAAGAUAAUGUUACAGUCGAUGCAAGAACCGUGUUUGGUGAGAAUUCAGACCAAUGUUAUCAAUAUCAGGUGGCCCAAUGGUGGAUGGCGUUUGUUUCUAUAGCUUGCCACUGGCUUAUGGGAGAUGACAGGAGCGAGAAUUUAUACAAAAAAAUUGAAAUGAUACCUGAACCACUUGCGAUUCUCAAUGAUCCCCUUCCGAAGGCUAUUGUAGCAGCUUUUGUGGCUAGGAAUAAUUAUUUGAAUCCGCAUCCUUCUAUUACUCCCAAGAAGAUUUUACUACAGUGUGAUUAUGCCAGUCAUUUGCUGGCUGAUAGUUUGACUAUUACAAGUUGCAAGAAGAAAGAUGAUUUGGUUUUGUUGGCACAAUUGUUGGUUUGUGAUUGGCUCCUUGAAACGAGAACCUCAUUGUGGGAAGACAGAGUAGAAGAUGGUUUAAAAACGCCCGUAUCUAAUUGUGUUCUAACAGCCUUCCAAGCAGACUUGACUUCGUUAAGAUCGCUCACAGAACACAUUCCGAAUGCUUUACCUAGAGUUUUCCUCUAUGAAGCGACCAGCAGAUUGAUGGCUGGGGCAGCUCCUGGAAGGACCCAGCAACUUCUUGACAGAAGUUUGAGACAGAGACACAAUAAACCGUCUAUAAUUUGUGGAAAGGGAGAUAAAAGUCAGCAAGAGCUGGGAGGCGAGAGGCAGCAUGCCGCCGCCCUGUACAUGGCUUGCAAGCACUUACCCGGUCCUCUCCUUUCCUCACCGGGAGAGAGAGCUGGCAUGCUUGUGGAGGCGGCGAAAACGUUGGAGAAAAUCGGCGACAAGAGGCGGUUGCAAGACUGUUACCAGCUGAUGAAAACAUUGGGAACUAAUGCAGUGAAUAAUUGAAUUGUUCUGUUUUGUUUUCAUCUUAUUAGUAUUGGUAUUUAUAUUGAUAUUCAAGCUUUUUCUUGUUAUGAACGACAAUUUUUAAGUUAUUGAAGUGUAUAUAUUUUGGAUAAGAGACAUAAUUUAUAUAUUUUUUUUAUAAACCCUCAUGUUUUUAUUAAAAACUCCACGAUGUA